CUCUCUCUUCUCAUCCCUCGUGGUCGCGUGGUCCUGGGUGCUGGCCUCUUCCAAGCUCCAAGGAACAUCCAAAGCACAUCCGUGUUACGAGUUCGGAGACUAAACGCGAUUAAGAGUACUGGUAGCCUAGUUACAGUUGGAUCUGAGCGAUGGGGGAGGAGCAGGUGGUGGCGCCAAAGCCGGAGGCCGCCGCCGCCGCCGCCGCCACGUCGGUGGAGCUGACGGGGUUCGUUAUGGGCGCGGAGGACGCCGAGCGCGCCGCGGCGGCCGCCGGCGUAGCGACCGUCCAGGACCUGCUGCCGCUCCUGGUCCCGUCCGCGAGGAAGCGCGCGCAGGUCCCGAUCUCGGGGUUCCCCGUGGGCGCCGUGGGGCUGGGCGCCAGCGGCCGCGUCUACGUCGGCGUAAACCUCGAGUUCCGCGGCCUCCCGCUGUGCCACUCCGUCCACGCCGAGCAGUUCCUCGUCGCCAACGCGGCCGCCGCGGGGGAGCCCGAGCUGCGCGCCGUCGCCGUCUCCCACAUGCCCUGCGGCCACUGCCGCCAGUUCCUGCAGGAGAUCCGCGGCGCCGCCAGCAUCCGAAUCCUCGUGACCAGCGACGCCGCUGAGGGAUGCGCACCCGAGUGGCGCACGGUGGCGUCCCUCCUCCUCCGCCCCUUCGGGCCCCACGAUCUCCUCCCCGGAGAUGUGCCCCUCGUCCUCGAGGCUCACGACAACGCCCUGGGUGAUCCCGUCGCCAAUGGCCUCGCCCGCAGCGACCUGGACGCGCGCCUGAGGCAGGCCGCGGAGGCGGCGGCGCGGGCGGCGCACGCGCCGUACAGCAAGUGUCCGUCGGGGUUCGCGGUGGCAGACGGCGACGGGAGGAUCUAUGCCGGCGGCUGCCUGGAGUCCGCGGCCUACAACCCGACGCUGGGUCCCGUCCAGGCGGCCAUCAUUGCGAUGGUGGCAGCCGGAGGCUGCUCCGCCGGGGACGUGGUCGCGGCGGCGCUCGUGGAGAAGGAGCAGGCGUCGGUGGCCCAGGAGGCGACGGCCAGGAUCUUCCUCGACGCCGUGGCCCCACAUGCCAGCUUUCACGUCUACAACUACAGGCCGUCCGAUGCUUGAUGAGCUUCUGUGGCAGGAACGUGAUCGAGAUAAUGUCCAUAAAAACAAUUUUAAGAAUAAAAUGAUAAAACCAUGUGCAGUUGCCAGCAGGACUGUGAUGUGGGGCCUACUUAUUCAGCGUGAUUAUUGUCCUCCUAUUGCCACUUGUGCUCACUGUACUGUACUAUUCAAAUUGUUAUCUGAUUUAGUGGUUGGAUACGUUUGACUAG